GUGGUUCUGUGGUAUAUAUUAAGGGGAAACAGUAGGAGUUUUCAAAAUCCAACUACAGCAUCAAUCUGCCAGGUUAUUUCUUCUGUACUAUCUGAAGAAAACUAAAGCCGCAGCAUUGCAGCUAAUUAUUAAAACACUCUUUUAACAAAAUGGAGAAAAUCGAUGCCGAAAUUUUCACCUUUCAGUUUAAUAACAUGCAAUUUGCCGAGGGCAGAAAUGAGACUUGGCUGUGUCAGAUUCUGUGCAAGAACGAGGAGGCUCCAGAUUUUAAAGUGUACAAAAAUAGCUACUGGGAAGAUGAAAUGUCAAAACUUGCAGAAGAAAUGUUGAAACACGCAGAAGACACAUCGAAUAACACAGAACAAAAUCCGAAACUCAGACAAGAAAUGUUGAAAGCCGCAGAAGGAAUGUUGAAACUGAAGGACAAAAUGGCAGACAUGACGAAACGUGCAGCGGAAAUGAUUAAACAUGCAACAGAAAUGUCAAAACAUGCAGAAGAAAUGUCAAAACACGCAACAGAAAUGUCAAAACACGCAACAGAAAUGUCAAAACUCAUAGGAAAAAUGGUGACAUUCCCUGGAAAAAUGUCAAAAUAUGCAGAAAAACUGAGGAAACUUGCAGAACAAAUGUCAAAACUACCAGCAAAAAUCCCAAAACAUGCAGAUGAAAUCAUGAAUCUCGCAAGAAUGUCAGAACUCAUAAAAGAAAUGAAGACACUCGCAGAAUUUGUUUUUAAAAAAAUGUCAGAAUACACAGAAGAAAUGUCAAAGCUUGCAGAAGAAAUUGCAAAACUCGCAGAAGAAAAGCCAAGACUGGCAGAAGAAAUGGAUAAUCUCACAUAUGAAAUGCGGAAACUCAAGGACAAAAUGUUGAAUGUCCAAGAAAAAAUACCUAUGCAUGCUGAUGAAAUCUGCUUAUGGAAAAAUGAAUCUAAAAUUCAAGGUACUGGAAGUUAUAAAAUAACCUGGUUCAUCUCCUGGAGUCCUUGUGCCAGUUGUGCCCUUCAAAUAAUUGAAUUUGUAGAGAAGCACACCAAUGUGAGCCUGAAUAUCUUUGCCUCCCGGCUGUAUUACUAUCAAUAUGAAUCUCACAAAGAGGGAUUCAGAAAGCUUGCAGGACAUGAAAGAAUUGGCUUAAAGGUGAUGACUGUAAAGGAGUUCCAGGACUGUUUCCAGCAGUUUGUUGGAUUUCAAAAGUGGGAUGACCUUGAUAAGAACUCAAAGUUCUAUGCUGAAGAACUGAGAAGCAUAACGGGAUCUGAUCCAGUGAUGCCUUUUGAAGUGCCCUACAGUGUGUGUGGUGUCUGCCUGGAUUACUAACAGCAAGUCUCCAUCAAGAACGACCAGCAGAACUGACCGCUGGAAAGUGCCUGGAAUCAAACAUGCAGCCUAAACCCAGCCCACCCUCUGUGUUUCUUCUCUUGUGAUAGAUUUCAAAUUGUAGGUGGAAUACUUUGUGAUUUAAUGGGAGUUUUAGACACAUCUCUUUUUAAAUAUAUUUUUCUAAAAUUUAAAGCGUGAUGAACAUCUGUCAACAUGUUAGUGUUUCUCUUUAGUGAGUGGAGUAUUUUAAAAACAUUUCAAACUUCUCUAUGGGCUUUUAAUCAAUUAAUCACACAAUUUAAUUUUCAGUAAAGGGGGUAAAAUAAUGAUUGUUUGGAAAAAUACUAAAACUAUAUAUAUAUAUAUAUAUAUAUAUAUAUAUAUAUAUAUAUAUAUAUAUAUAUAUAUAUAUAUAUAGUCAGACGUUUACAUACCCCAAUGGAAAUUUGUAAUUUAUAGGAAUGUCUUAAACAAAAAAUUAUAGAAAAAAUCUUUUCUAGCAAAAGUUUUGCUUUUGUGGAUGAGGAAAAGGUUACAAGAAAGCAGGAAAUGAAAUUAAUAGCUAGUUGAGGCACCUUUACCAAUAAUAAUCUCUUUUAAAUGAUUAGGAUAUUUGUCAAUGAGCUUUUGGUGUGAUUCUUGACCAUUCUUCAACGCAAAAUUGUUCCAGUUCAUUCAAAUUCCGAGGACUUCUCUUCUGCACAGCUUUCUUCAACUCAUACCAUAGAUUCUCAAUCGGAUUUAGAUCAGGACUUUGACUAGGCCAUUCCAGAACCUUGAUUCUAUUAUUUAUUUAUUUCUUAGCAGACGCCCUUAUCCAGGGCGACUUACAAUCGUAAGCAAAUACAUUAAGUGUUACAAUACAAGUAAUACAAUAAGAGCAAGAAAUACAAUAACUUUUGUUCAAGCAAAGUACAAGUGUGACAAACCACAAUUCAAUAAUACAGCAGAUAAUAGUGAUAAUCUAUUCUUCUUUAACCAUUCUGAAGUAGAUUUUGUGUUUUGGAUCGUUGUUGUUUUGGAACGUCCAGUUGCGCUUUAAACCAGGUUUUGUAGCGGAGGGUUUCAGAUGAUUGGCCAAUAUCUUCUGGUAUGCUAUGGAAUCCAUUUUACCAUGUAUUGGAACUAAAUUUCCUGUGGCAUUAGAGGAAAAACAGCCCCAUAGAAGGAUAUUACCACCUCCAUGCCUAAGGUGUUCAGAUAGCUCUUUACUUUUUCCCAUAUUGACUUAUUGAUAAUGACAGCAAUCAUCCUAUGCCUAAUCAUUGUAUCCUCUCUAAGAAUGUUCACCUACAAUCCUGCAUUUUCUAGACUUUUCUAGAAUUAGGUUCUGCAUUAUCAUAUUGAAAUUUCUAGCACCUUUUAAACAAUACUAUCAUAGCAUCAAAGGGUAUAAAUACUUUUGAAUUGGCAUUUUUUUUUAGUUUUGCAAAGAAAUUUCUGAAAUAAAUAAUUGUAGACAUCUAUUUCUGGUAGCUUUUUUUCCUCAUCCAUAAAAGCAAAAAUUUUGCUACAAAUGAUUUUUUCCUAAAAUUCGUUGUUUUCGAGAAAUGUCUAGAAAUUACGAAUUUCCAUUGGGGUAUGUAAA